UAUCAACGGGAAAAGCGGUCAGGUUUCACCGGAAGUAGCGAAAUUCUCGUCAAAUCGAACAAAAUCUUCAGCAAGGAGAAAUAACAGUGGUUGUGAACGCGUUACCAAGAAAAUUUAUUCAAGAUGCUGCUGGGUUUAGUAAGGGAAUCUGUUAUGCAAUGCUUCUGUCACACAUGUCGGGCCCCAUUACCUGCUGCCGUACAUAGAUCACAGAUGCCUAUCACCAAAGUAAAAACGAAGUCAAAGAGUUUCAUACAAGACCAGCCAAAGCGAGUGCAGUUUAUCACUACUGAAGUACGUUGCCAAGAAAAAACAAAAGGUGGCCUUCGCUAUGAAGUGAUUCUGGCAGAACCAGACGUUAAAGUGCCACCACCAAAGUUAUCUCUCUCGCCGAAAGGUAGCAUGUCCGUCCAGGAUAUCGAGGAUAAGUUGAAGGCUGCUGAAGAACGUAGGCAGCAAUUGGAAUCUAAUAAAAUGGCUGCUUGGUCCUCAAAAAUCAUGAAAAUUGAAGAGGCCAGUCGCAAAAAGAACGAAAAGACUUCUCAAUUCAUAUCUGCUACUCGUGACGCUUUAGAACAAAAAAUGGGCAAUUACGAAGAAAAAAGAGAAGCGUAUAUUACCGAUUUAAGGUCUAAAUUGAAGGAUCAUAUCGAAAGCGUUGAAAAAACCAGAUUGUCUCUUGAACAACAAACGGAAGAAGUUAGAAUAGCUAUCGAAGAUAAACUGAAAACUGCUUCUCAACAACGCGACGACAACAUUAAGAAGAUGCUGGACCGUCUAAAAGAACAUGAAGAACAAAUAUCUAAGGUGAGAGAACAAAACAACAUUAAAUUACAACAGUUGGAUGUUGCAAUUCAAGAAAAAUUAAUACAGGCCCAAACUCGAAAAGAACAACUCGAACAGGAACAGAAGGAGAAGCUGAGAAGUUACGAAAAACGAGCCGAGACCGUUCGUCAGAACAAAGCCAAUCUCAUCGCGGAAGGCAAACUGAUUCCAUCUUCUGGUUAAAUAUAUUGACCAGCAAAUGGAAAACACUCAAUUAUCAAACUAUUACUACUUCAUUGGAAGCUCAUUCUUCUCUAAUAUCAUUUAAUAUAACUAAUAUAGGUGCUGGUUAUAUGGCGCGUGCGUUUUAUAUACACCCUUAAUAAAAUUCGCUUGUGCCAUAGUUCGGUGAAUGUUUUUUAUAGAAAAGCCCUGUAGAUUUUUUUUUCAAUUUCGGCUACUAAUUUCUUGGCGGGAAUAGAAUUUUGAACGUCAAACGCCUCAAGGGCUUGCUCAUAAUUUUAUAGUUAUUAGGGGUGGAUAUAAAUGAUCAUUCGCAACAUAACUAUUUUUCACACAUUGUCAAAAGUAUGGCUUCGUACUGAUAUUAAUGUUUUUUUUGUUUUUAACAUAUAUUUUCAUUUACUUAUUAACCAUAUUUAUAUAUUGUACUGAAUUAAGUAAAAUGUUUUUAUUUUA